GAGGCUUUUAGGUUUUCUGAUUUGCCGCCUACUUCGAAGAAAUCGUCUUCUUUCUCCGCUAGGGUUUUCAUCGCGAUCGUCUUUUUGUUUUGAUUUUUUCUGUAAUCCAAAGGGCUUUUUUUUCUCUCUCAAAUCUCUCAUCAGCCGAAUCCUUCUUCCCCAUCUUAAUAGACACAGAUGUCUCGUUGCUUUCCUUACCCACCUCCUGGUUACGCGGGGAAGGUGGCUAGGACCGAGGCGGCCUUGAUCGAAUCGAUUAAGCUCCAAUCUGAAAGACAACAGAGCAAGCAUGAUAGGAAGAAAGAGAAAAGUAAGCACAGGAAAGAGAGGAGUGAGAAGAGUAAGGAAAAGAAACAGAGAAGAAAAGAACGUAAAGAGAAAUCUUCUUGUAGCUGUGACUUGAAUGAUCAGAAACAAAAGGAAUGCGCUAAACAAGCCGAGGACCGUCUAAAGGGAACCAAAGUUGAAGCGGAACAAUUAGAAAAGAGUGGCCUUACUGAGGAGCAUGGACAACCAGUAUGGCCUCAGAGCCCUGGCUAUUUGUCUGACGGAACUCAGAUCAACCACAAGAGGAAAAGGGAUGCUAAAUUACAGCCUAAUGAAGAUUCUAAACCUGGAAAAAUCAUCCGGAUUAAGCUGGCUUCUUCACUGAGCAACCAAGAGGAUUCCUCAGCUGAUACACAACAGACGUGUUCUACAUCUGGACGCUAUGAUUGUGUUGAUCAGAAGAGGGAUGAAAAUAGCUGUGGACCCAAUCAGCAAAAACCUUGCUUCACCAAUUCUAACACAGUUGUAGCUGUUGAGGAGGCUCCUCCUAAACCUCGGAUCAAAGAUCAUUCUCGUUCAGUUCAUGCUGUCAAGGACAUUCGUCCGCAGGGUAAUGUUGUGCCAUUCCCUACUCGCACCAGAAGUCCUGCAGAAUCCGAAUAUGAAGCUCUGUUUGAGAAGUGGAUUCCACCCCCGCUUCAGUUGGAGCAACAAAUGGACGAUGAAGAAUGGCUCUUUGGGACAAGAAAGCAGGAUGGACAAACCACGAAGGCAACCACCAACAAAGCUUUCAGUCCGGUUCCCAGCUGCCGAAGUUCCAGUCUGUGGCCGAGAGGACAGUAUCUGCCAGAUGCUGAUGUCUAUUCAUUGCCUUACACGAUCCCAUUUUGAUUUAGAAUUCUUUACUCUAAAGAGUUAACGUUGUACAGAGCGCCUGUUGGAAAUCUUCUUCCUUGGCAUUGUUUUAGGAUCAAUAUAAAUGAUAUUCAAUUUUGUUCAAUUUUGUGGGCA